UGGUUUUGAGAACCAAUUUUUACUAUUCGUCAAUCCUAGUUUCCAAUCGCACUCACAAGGCAAAAUGGGAAGUUCUCAGUCUAACGAGGAGUAUGUCAGAGACUCCGCUACCAAGAAGUUCGAGACGGAUCGUUCUCAGCUGAUGGCCCUGAGAGCGGCAAAGGCAGUUAAAGGUCCCCAGGAUCCCUUUGGACUCAACUACAGCUACAUUCGCUGGUUACCCGGUAAAUACGACCCUGCGCCCCCUGUACCACACUUCAUCAACCCCGCCCUCUACCGCGUGGACAGGGAGUACUCCAACAAGCCUCCGUACAUGCUCGCCUACGACCGGAGACUCUUCAGGAGAAUGCCUAAUGUUUUUAUAACGGAUGCGGACUACUCGACGACCACUUACACCCCUCCAGAUCCUUCUCUCGCCCACAUCGACCCAGACCGGACACCUGGAGACUUUGACUCGUUCAACAGAUGUAGGAGGUCGUACAUGACAGGUCAGAACCCAUGGGGCGAAGACACUGCCCCCAUCAACCUACCCACACCCAAGCACGAGGACCCGGACCCUCACAAAGUCCACAUCCUCGACGAAUACGGACUGUUUCGACCUAGGAGGCCUGAGCCAUACUACAAUCAACCUUAUUUCCCCUGAUUCAGCCGGGUUCCAUCCAAGUAUCGUUGUUGUAUGUGGUAACACAAUGUACUACAUACCAAUAUGUAUCAAGUGUAUAUGUAACACCUUGACAUUUGUAAAUAUUAAAUAAGUUGCUUCUUAA